AUGAGCAGCUCGUGGAACAAGCAGUACCACUGGAAGACCAAGGGCGCCACGCCCUGGGCGCGCCAGUACUUCCACGACCGCCUCGUGUCGCGCUCGCACUCGAGCGGCAGCGGCGAGGUGUCCAUCUCCGCGCUCGAGGACUGGGACGGCGACGUGGAGCUGGGCAACCGCAAGGGCCGCCUCAUCACCAUCUACGACUGCUCCUUUGCGCUGGCCUUCGCCGGCAAGACGAGCGGCGGCGAGGACGUGGCGGGCAAGAUCCGCUUCCCCGAGGUCUCGCACGACGUCGAGGACGCCGGCGACGAGUACGCCUUCGACACGGAGCUCACCAAGGGCGGCAAUGCGGCGCAGGCGCUGUACGGCGAGGUGCGCAAGGAGUUCGUGCCCAGCCUCAUGCCCGUCUUCAAGGCGUUCCGCGACACGCUCGUCGCCAGCCACGCCGCCGACCUGGGCCACGAGGAGGAGGCGGCCAAGGCUGCGGCGGGCGCUAUGAAGGCGCCGACAAAUAAGCCGCCGCCGAUGAAGGAGCCGAGCGCGCAGGAGAAGGAGCAGAAGAAGCCGGCGGAGAAGCAGGAGGGCGACGAGGACAAGCCGCGCGCCGGCAUCCCGCUGCUGCCACCGGGCUUCGGCAACAUCUAAUGAGACUAAUGCGGCAU